UUGCUGUCUGCUCUGCUGUUGUUCUUUCUCUAUAGGGUGAUGGUGAUGUAACAGCCUCCGUCACUUCUCAAACUCUGGAGAACGUCUACCUGGCAGACAGAGAUCCAGAGAUUCCUUUCGGUGCUGGCAAACAGCAGUAUAUCCUCCACUUCAAAGGUGAACCAGGAACGGAGCAGGUGUAUCAGCAGAACGUAAAAUACAACACCAAGAGAGAGGUCAGAAGGAGGCCUCGCUUUGUGUCUACUCUUGAUGUGGAGGUGAAGCUAAAGAGCGCGUCGUCAAACAGCUCCAGCUCCCCCACAGCUGAAUGUUUCCCAUCCCACUGGGACAAGACUGCACUACCAGAUUUUGGAUACAAGCUUGCAUAGCUCUCCAAAUCUGCGAAGGAGUAUAUUAUGAUUGAGAACCAUGCCCCAGGGUAACAUUAACAGCAUCCAGAGGAUCCAGAACCCCUCUCUGUGGAAAGUCUUUCAGUGGCGGAAAGAGCGGAUUAAGACAAGGAUCGGAGGGAAAACUGUGAAUGAGCAGUACUUGUUCCACGGGACAGAUGAGUCCCUGAUUGAGGCCAUCUGCGAGGAAAACUUUGACUGGAGAAUGUGUGGUGUCCAUGGCACGGCCUACGGCAAAGAGAGCUACUUUGCCAGAGAUGCGUCCUACUCCGACAGAUAUGCCAGCGUCAAACGAACCCUGAACAAGAUCAUGUUUGCUGCUCUGGUCCUGGUGGGGGAGUAUACCCGUGGAAGUAGCAGCUACGUCCGGCCCCCGCCAAAAGGAAAAGGCACAACCCUCUACGACAGUUGUGAUGACAGCGAGAGCAAUCCCAGCAUCCACGUUGUCUUUGCAAAACUACAGAUUUAUCCAGAGUAUUUAAUAACUAAUCAUAAAUUACAAUGCCGUAAAACUCUAUUAUGAAGUACUUUGACUGGAACAAC